UUAUGUCUUCAGUCCCCCUCUCCAUGUACUCAUACUUGCCGGUAAACCUCCGUGACUGGGAUCCAGGUAUCCCUCCCCCCUCCAUAGAUAGUACUAGACCUCCCCCGCGAGUAGUUACUAGAUAUCGGCUAGCACCAAUCCGGGUAGUCGGCGUUGACCGCAACUUCCUUCAGAGACGAUCACUAGCGUCUGAAGAACCACGAUCCUAUUCCUUCGAGAUUCACUUGAUCUACUUUGGACUACGGAGUGGAUAAUGUGACUGCUCUUUUGUUCUACCUUGGCAUUGCAAGUUACCGAGUACUUCGACUAUGGUCAAGGAAGACAAACACUCAGGAUCCACUGGACCGCAGAGAAAUUUCAAGCGGCCUUUCCCAGAAACGCACAGAUCCGGCAGUUCCUAUCUCAAAAAAUGAUCAUUGAACGAGAU